AUGCACGUGAGGCUUUAAUAAUCUUGGUUUUUAAUUCAGUUCUGUGCUUUUUUAUGCGUAUUAAAGUAAUCCGGAGUUGUUUUAGUGACUGAACAGGAGGAGUGUGUGAAGUUACACGCGGUGUUUGGACGUGUACACUCUUAUUUGGCGUGAGAGGAGACGAUGCAGAGUUUAUCGGUCCAGGCUCUGACCCUGCGCCAGCUCGGGAGACUCACGUCCCUGCAGGUUCCGUGCGCGUGGCACGGCGCGAGUUUAUUGCUGCGCUGUCCGCGAGCGCUCCACGCACGUCAGCUCUGGGGCCCGAGCGCUCCUCUGGUUCAGCGCUCGGCCGCGCUCCUAAAGCACCGAGGCGCCGCGCGCGGUCCGCCCUACCAGCAAACACGCUUUAAGGGCUAUAAGAAGAAAAAGGGGCGAGCUGGAAGUGCUCAGGAGGAAGAGGACGAAGAAGAAGAGGAAGAGGAUCCGGAGGCCAGCGAUUACGAGGACGAGCUGCAGGAGGAUCCCAGUUUACCCAAAGACUAUAAAGAUCACCAGAAAGCAGUUCAGUCGCUACGCUUCGACCUCGUGAUGAAGACGGGACUCGACGUCGGCAGGCAUAAAAUCGAGGACGCUUUCUACGACCACAAGCUGAGGCUGAACGGACAGAAGCUCAUAAAGAAAAGCAAAACUGUGAAAGUGGGAGACACACUGGACCUGAUCGUCGAGGAGGACAAAGAGAAGGACGAGGUGACGCUGAAGAGAGUCGUCCUGAAGAAGAUCGUGGGAGAAACGAACGACGGAGAGAAACAGAAAGUGCUGCUGAGAAGCUGGAAACAUCUCCAGCUUCCCAAACGAGACGCCUUCGGAGAAUAAGCAACGUUACGAUGAACCUUCUGAUGUGUUUGGGGGUUUUAUUUUUCCCCCCUCCCGCUCUGUUCUGGAAAGACGUCAUAGUUGACAACUGACAAUUUAAUCGACGUUGUCUCAACAUUGUAGGGAUUUCACUCGUGAGAGAGAGUCGAGGAACUUGUACAGGAUUAUUUAUGGGUCUAACAAUGAAAGCUCAUCUUGUGUGCUUUAAAAUAUUUUGCAUAUAUCACGUAUUAAAUGUUCACUUCACGACAA